GUAACUGCUCUCUCUUUUAUUCCUCUCAGGAAAAUGGCAGACAGGUUUUCGCUUAAUGAUGCGUUAGCUGGGUCUGGAAACCCAAACCCGCAAGGAUGGCCUCCCGCGGCCGGGGGCUACCCAGGUGCCUCCUAUCCUGGGGCCUAUCCUGGGCAGGCACCCCCCGGGGCCUAUCCUGGGCAGGCACCCCCCGGGGCCUAUCCCGGGCAGGCACCCCCCGGGGCCUAUCCUGGGCAGGCACCCCCAGGGGCCUAUCCUGGGCAGGCACCCCCUGGUGUCUACCCCACAGCACCGGGAGCUUAUCCUGGACCGCCUGCACCUGGAGCCUACCCUGGCCAACCUGGGGGGCCUGGGGCCUACCCCCCUCCUGGACAGCCAAGUGCUCCUGGAGCCUACCCUGCUGCCGGCCCCUUUGGUACCCCUGCUGGACCACUGACGGUGCCCUAUAACCUGCCUUUGCCUGGAGGAGUCAGGCCUCGUAUGCUGAUCACCAUCGUGGGCACAGUGAAGCCCAAUGCAAACAGAAUUACUUUAGAUUUCAAGAGAGGAAAUGAUGUUGCCUUCCACUUUAACCCACGCUUCAACGAGGAUCAGAGGAGAGUCAUUGUUUGCAAUUCGAAGCUGGAUAACAUGUGGGGAAAGGAAGAAAGACAUACGUUCUUCCCAUUUGAAAGUGGUAAACCAUUCAAAAUCCUAGUGCUGGCUGAACAUGACCACUUCAAGGUUGCAGUCAACGAUGUCCACUUGUUGCAGUAUAACCAUCGGGUGAAAAAUCUCCACGAAAUUAACCAAGUGGGCAUCUCAGGAGACUUAAACCUCACCAGUGCUUCACACAGUAUGAUAUAAUCUGAAAAGGGUUGAUACUUUUCUUAAAAAAUAAAAUUGAAUCUAAACCUUAGAUAUGACCUCUCUGCCUACUUGCUCUGGCAAUGGAGGCCUGUUAGCUGUCUAUGGGGAAUAUAUCCUGCUUUGUAAGCUUUCUUACUCUAUAAGCUUAUCUUUCUC